GGGGGGACUUUUUCACUGAUAGCGAAUGUAGAAUAUUCUUUAUCGAACUAUCGCUGGUUCAUUGUUUGCGACGGAUGCGCCGUAAAUGUUUGUCAUUUGGGCCAUUUUGUUUGCUUUCUUCUUUCUUGUUGCGUUUGGUGCGUGUUUCCCAAUUCGGCCUUCGAAGAUUACAUAAAUACCAAACACGGCCUGAAUUUAGUAGCAGUGAUUAGCUUCGUGGUUUUUGUUUGUACACAGGCUUGAAAAAUCGCUCAAUUUCAAGUUGAAAAGCGGGCGGAAAUUUCUUCUGAGGCUCCUUCUUCGAAAUAAGAGAUAAAGAUUGUUGUGAUCUCAAUGGUGUUGUCUACCUAGAAACAGCUCCACCAAAAAAUCAGUUCAUUCCGGUUCGUGUCGCAGUGUCGAAAUGGCACGGCUCCUGACGCUGCUAGUGGCUACGCUGUUGUGGCUUCACGUGGCCAACUCCCAGCAAGUGCAGUCCGAGGACAAACUCAUCUUCGCCCAUGUGCUCUACCGUCACGGGGACCGGACGCCGAUUGACCCGUAUCCCAACGAUCCGUGGAAGGAUCCGGCCCACUGGACAGCCGGCUGGGGCCAACUCACCAAUGACGGAAAGCACCGCCACCUGGAGCUGGGCCGUUGGCUCCGGAAGCGCUACGGCUCCCUGCUGGGGGCCACCUACACCAACAACGAAAUCUACGUCCGCUCCACCGACGUCGAUCGAACGCUGAUGAGUGCCGAAUCCAACCUCGCCGGUCUCUAUCCACCCGUCGGCCCAGACCGGUGGGAUGCGGCCAUCCAGUGGCAACCGAUUCCGGUGCACACCGUGCCGGAGGAGCUGGACGAGGUGCUGGCCGCGAAAAAGCCCUGCUCGGCGUUUGAUUUGGAGCUGAAGAAGUACAAGCAUACUGACGAAUUCCAAGCGUACAACAAGUCGCUGGAACCGCUGUAUGAGUACGUGACGGCUCACUCGGGACGUGCGGUUGACUCGCUGACCAGCGCCCAGAACAUUUAUUCCUGCCUGCACAUCGAAGAACUGAACAACUUUACACUGCCAGCGUGGACCGCAAAGGUCUAUCCGGAACCACUACGUUCCAUUUCGGCGAAAUCGUUCGCCACCAAAACCAACACCCCGCUGAUGGCACGCCUCAAAGCCGGUCCGCUCGUCAAGGAGAUUCUCGAGCGCUUCCGGGCCAAGCUCAACCGAAAGCUCAAGCCGGACCGGUCGGUUUGGGUUUACAGUGCACACGACACGACCGUGGCCAAUUUGUUGAACGCGCUCCGCGUCUUCGACCUUCACAACCCACCGUUUGCGGCGUGCGUUCUGUUGGAGUUGCGCCAACCUUCCGGCGGUGCCGAGCCGUACGUUUCCGUUUACUACAAGAACAGCUCGGCCGAACCGACGCUGCUGACCGUGCCCGACUGUGGCCAACGGUGCCCGCUAAGUCAAACCUUCAAAGUCUACCAGGACAUUCUGCCGGAAAGCUGGAAGCGCGAGUGCCAGGUUUCGUUCCUAUCGCUUACCUACGUCGAGGCGGACGUGGGCACAUCCGGCGGAAUUAUCGGACUGGUACUGGUGGCGUCCGUGGCCGUCCUGGGACUGGUGAUCGCGCUGCUGACCCUGUACCGGAGGCGCCGCGGUGGCUAUCACAACGACAAGUGGUACCUUCGCAUCGACGGAUAAUGGCAGGAGAGGGGCCCGCACGAGGUCACAACCGAAGAUCUGGAGGAGGUGGACGUUUGAGAAGGCGCAUUUAACUCUGGUGGAGAGCGAGAGGAACUCUUUAGAAACAAUCCUAAUUAAAUAUCAUCGUGUUAGUGAGAGAAUGUGUGCGAGAGAGAGAGCGAAUUGACGGUAUAUAUUCAUAUUAUAUUGAACAAAAUUAUUGAAAAUGUUUUAUUGGACCUGUUAGAGAAUACAAGAAGAAAUCAGAAAAUGUUCUAUUGAUAGUGAAAUUCCCGGGGGAGAAGAUUGUUGCUUGCUGUGAGACUACAACUGCUAAGGUUCGAAAUAAAUUGAUAAAAA